GGAGCCAGCAGCCGCCAUGGCGUCGCGCAUCGGGCUCCGCAUGCAGCUCAUGCGGGAGCAGGCGCAGCAGGAAGAGCAGCGGGAGCGCAUGAAGCAGCAGGCCGUCAUGCAUUACAUGCAGCAGCAGCAGCAGCAGCAGCAGCAGCAGCAGCUGGGGGGGCCGCCUACCCCCGCCAUCAACACCCCCGUCCACUUCCAGUCUCCGCCACCGGUGCCCGGGGAGGUGCUUAAGGUGCAGUCCUACCUGGAGAACCCCACCUCCUACCACCUGCAGCAGUCCCGGGACCAGAAGGUGCGGGAGUACCUGUCAGAGACCUACGGGAACAAGUUCGCCGCCCACAUCAGCCCUGCACAGGGCUCCCCAAAGCCCCUGCCAGCCGCCUCCCCCGGGGUGCGGGCCGGACAUGUGUUGUCUUCCUCGGCCGGCAACAGUGCUCCCAACAGCCCCAUGGCCAUGCUGCACAUUGGCUCUAACCCCGAGCGGGAGUUUGAUGUUAUCGACAACAUUAUGUGUCUGGAUGAUGUCCUGGGCUUCAUCAAUCCUGAAACUCAGAUGCCUAACACGCUGCCCCUGUCCAGCAGCCAUCUGAAUGUGUACAGUGGAGACCCCCAGGUAACCGCCUCCCUGGUGGGAGUCACCAGCAGCUCCUGCCCGGCUGACCUGACCCAGAAGAGAGAGCUUACAGAUGCUGAGAGCCGGGCACUGGCCAAGGAGCGGCAGAAGAAAGACAAUCACAACCUCAUUGAAAGGAGGCGGAGGUUCAACAUCAAUGACCGCAUCAAGGAGCUGGGAAUGCUGAUCCCCAAGGCCAACGACUUGGACGUGCGCUGGAACAAGGGCACCAUCCUCAAGGCCUCUGUUGAUUACAUCCGGAGGAUGCAGAAGGACCUGCAGAAGUCCCGGGAGCUGGAGAACCACUCUCGGCGCCUGGAAAUGACCAACAAGCAGCUCUGGCUCCGUAUCCAGGAGCUGGAGAUGCAGGCUCGCGUGCACGGCCUCCCGACCACCUCCCCAUCGGGCAUGAACAUGGCGGAGCUGGCCCAGCAGGUGGUGAAGCAGGAGCUGCCCAGCGAGGAGGGUCCUGGGGAGGCCCUGCUGUUGGGGGCCGAGAUCCCCGACCCCGAGCCACUGCCGGCUCUGCCCCCCCAGGCCCAGCUGCCCCCGCCAGCUCAGCCACCCCAGCCACCGUCCCCCUUCCACCAACUGGACUUCAGCCACAGCCUGAGCUUUGGGGGCGGGGGCAGCGAAGGGCCCCCAGGCUACCCCGAACCUCUGGGGCCAGAGCACGGCUCCCCAUUCCCGAACCUGUCCAAGAAGGAUCUGGACCUCGUGCUCCUGGACGACUCACUGCUACCCCUGGCCUCCGACCCCCUCUUCUCCACCAUGUCCCCCGAGGCCUCCAAGGCCAGCAGCCGCAGGAGCAGCUUCAGCAUGGAGGAGGGUGAUGUGCUGUGACCUGGGCAGCGGGGGCAGGCCUGGGGGCUGGGAGGGCCAGGGCCACCUCCCUCCCAGCAUUCAGGCUGCACUUGUGUGUGAAGUAGCCACCUGCCCCACCUCACUCCUCCCUGUCAGCCCCCUGUUUGGACUGAGUGCCUGCUUGGCAGCCUGUGGGGUCAGAAUCCCCCCACCCAGGGGCAGCCUUCUUGAUGGGGCUGGGCACGAAUAGGCCUUUAACCUGGCUCCCGGAGGUGAAAUCACAAGAGUAAGGGAGGGGACAGGGUACACUGGAGGCCAGAAGAAGUCCUGUCUUCUGAGCCUGGUUCCCCCCACCAGUGAAGGACACGUUGGAACAGAGGGAUCAGAAGUUCCUUCUUAGAGGUAGUGACUGGUCCAGGGGGUGCCCAGGCCUGCCUUUCUGGGACUCCAAUGGCAACAAGCCCGUCCUCCAGCCUGGCACUCCCCGCCCCUCACGCAGGUGGGGCACCCCCACCCCCUUUGGUGCUAACAGCUCUCCACCAGGUGGUGUGAGGGCGGGGGUGGCCAGAAGAGGGGGCGCUGGGCUCAAGUUAGAGCGUGGGGUCACUGCUGGAAGAGCAGUUCCCCUCCAGGCUCCCCACUUUGUGCCUUUAGUAAACACUGUGCUUUGUACCUGCCUGUCCUGUCUCUUUGGAGGGGGUCUGGAGCUGAUAAGAGACAGGGGAGGAUUCAGCCCAGUGGGCUUCUUUCUGGAUUCAAAGUUCAAAUGCCCCCGAUGAGGGUCAGGAUCAGGGGAUACAGACCGAAGGGACUGAGUCCAUCACCCUGUUGCCCCCAACUCCCAGCCCUACUGGAGAUCUAGCUUCUUACGGGGCUUGGUUGCCUCUGGGGGCACUGUCCCUCCUCAUGGCCACAAGGUGGCGCUGCAGCCACACUGGUCACAACUCCAGCUGUGGCCUGAGCCAGCUGAGCCAGGUGAUGUGGGAGACCCGGUUGCUUGUAAACCAGGUCUACUCUUCUUGGCUGCUGUUUUGGGGCACUGUUGGACCAGGACAUCCCUGGCCCUGAAUGGGGCUGCAUGUUUCUCCUGUUCCCCACCCCCAGUUCUAGUGGUAACCUCUCCAGGUUCUUUCCCUCUCCGGCAGAGAGUCUGCCUGCUCUGUGGAGGCAAGGCCAGCCCUCUGCUCUCUGACUUUGUGUCUCUAGCAGGACAGGCUCCCUAGGAGGUGAGGAGGUGUGUCCUUCUAUGGGUUUGGGGAAAGAGGGAGCCACGUGAAUUAGUUCGGGAGGAGACAGGAGCACAGGAUGCUGGGUGGAGUCAAGCACAUGGGUUCUACUCCUGGCUCUGGCACUGUCUUGGCAGAUCCUUUCCUCUCUCUGGGCUAAAGUCCGCCACCUCCUAAUAGUUCCCAGGAGCCUCGGCUCUAAGAUCCUGGGGUUUUAUGGUCUCACCCAGCAUAGGGAAAUGGGCUUGGGGCAGAGAGGGGAGAAGAGGGAGUUUCCUGAGCCCUGGGAGUCUGGAGGGGAGGGUGGAGAGGGUCUCUGGGGGCUUUGUCUAGUUCUCCCUCUACCUCCCACAGUCUCUUUAGGCAAAGACCAAAGUGGCUUCCUCCUGAUAGGGCCCUGAGAGGCCAAAGGGGCCUAAUUAAAAGAGAAAAAAUUCCAGGAUGAAGAUGGCUGAGAGGGCAAUUUCCUCCUUGUAGAAUGGGAGAUCAAAUCAAUGUUGGAGCAAUUAAAACAUAAGGGAGAGAAGGAAAGGGGGCCGGGCGUGUGGGUGAUUGUGGCUGGGAUGGGGAUUAAUCUCAAGGUCAGAUGGAGCGGUGGAUGUCCUUAGGGAGUUGGAGCCAGCCCAGGGGCUGGCUGGCACCUCCUUCUAGUUCCAGGCCCCACCCCACUGCCAGGACCUGCCCAAGGCCUGGGAGCCCCCUUCUCAGACCCUCCUGGGACAGGACCUGGAGUCUGGCUGGGAGAUACCUGGUGAGGGAGGGGUGGAGGUGUUCGAAUCCCAAGGCCAGUAGUUCAGCUGAUUGAGGACUCUCCUACCCCCAUUUGUUAUUCCUCUUCACCCUGGGGACUGACUCAGUGGAGUGGCAGAGCUGCCCACCUGUUCCCUCAAGCAGCCCCUCAAGACCAUGGUAUCACCCCCCUCCACCUGCCUGCUGGCUUCCUGCCGAAUGGAUUCCUUCAGUCUGGCUACCACCUGAAGCUUGGGAAGCAGGGUCUGGACCGCCUACUGGGCAGCACUGAGGGUGUGAGUGGGGGUUCUGCCCACAAGAGGGCGCCACAGGGCCAGGAGCAGGCAGCUGCCAGCCCAUCUGGUGGCAGCCAGGGAAAUCUCAGCUUAAUUAUGCAUUCCAAGCUGUAUGCCUGGGGGCCCUGCAGUCCUAAGGGUUCAGUUAAGGCAGGCACAAGUGUUGCCUCCAGAAUUCCAACAAGCCACCAAAAAGCAUUCGUGUAUCUGAGACUGGUCUUCACGACCCUUAGUUUGUGGUUGGAAGGGAAUUGGCUGACAGCUCCUGACUAGUGGCU